CAAUGACUCCACCACCUCCCUGAGCAGCCAAUUCCAACACCUCACCACUCUUUCCGAGAAGAAAUUUUUCCUAGCAUCCAAUCUGACCCUCCCAUUCACCCUAUUUUAGUAUUUUCAGCUAAUUUUGUCAUCAGCCAUUUCUCCAUCUGCUCAGACCCACUCUAAGUACAGACUGCAAGUCUAAAGAGCUUGUAUCGGUCAGACAGCUUCUCCAACAGAAAGUCAUAACGCAAAUUGAUGCUUAAAGCCUCAGCAUGACAAAAAAAAAGAGCUCUAUUCAUUUCCCUGUUACUGCAGUUUCCACAGUACUUAGGGAUUUCUGCCCGUGGGCACACCAGGAACGCUGCAUCAGCUCGCUGUCACAGGCUGAUGUGUUCUGUGCUAUGGAGGGGGUCUCCACACACAGCUCGAACGCAGUCCUGCAGAGGACAAGGUGAGCCUUUCCUUGUGUUGCCCAGCGCAACAGGGAAGUUUCUCUAAGAUACUCGGAGGGCGGUGUGGCACAGCUGCCCAGAGAAGCUGUGGAUGCCCCAUCCCUGGAGGCGCUCGAGGCCGGCUUGGUUGGGGCGCUGGGCAGCUCCACGCGGGAACAACCCCCUCCCUCACAGCCCGCUUCCCUCAGAGCCGAGCACGGCCUUCCCCAUCCCUCCCUCCCCGCAAGGCUCCCGGCCGCGCCGCCCCGCCCAGGAAGCGCCCUUUGCCCGCGGAGCAGGAAGCGUGGCGGCGCCGGGCGGCAGCGGGCGCCCUGCAGCUUCGUGCCUUGGUGCCCGGGGUGACCAUGCAAAGAACGCUCAGACAGCGACAGCACUUCAGGAGCAGACUGCAGGACCCCAAGGAGCCUGAGAGAUGGAGCUCUACACUGGGAUGAUUCCUACAGCCUCCACAAUCCGACGCAGCCACAGGACAACUAUGGAGGAGGAUUCCUGAUUGGUGAACCUGACAUAACCUGCCCAGAUGGACCAAGAAGAAGAUCAAGAUCAUGAGGCCUCAAAGGACAUGGGUGCUGAGAUCGAUCCCUUUCUGAAUCACUUUGCAAGCACAGAUCCGCAGGGCUUGUUGGCAGCAGAAUCCAUAGAAGAGGAACAGCUGGAGAACGGCGAUGGAAGUCAACGUGGUUCCACAGAGGCACGGCGAGGUGACCACAGGGAGGCAGAGGAGGCUAAGCUGCCUUGCUCUGCUAUCAGCCUGGUGAAAAGACAAGAGAGAAGGGUGGCAGCCCCACGGCGAGCUCCUCGUGCAGAGCAACCCACCAUCUGCUCUGAGUGUGGCAAGGGCUUCAGCCGGAGCAUCCACCUCAUCCAGCACCAGCGAAUGCACACUGGGGAGCGCCCGUUCCUGUGUGGGGAGUGUGGCAAGGGCUUCAGCCAGAGCUCCCACCUCAUCCAGCAUCGGCGGGUCCAUACUGGCCAGAAACCUUAUACCUGUGCAGAGUGUGGAAAGAGCUUCAGCCAGAGUUCCAACCUCCUGAAGCACCAGCGCAUCCACACUGGGCUCAAACCAUACAUGUGCAGCGAGUGUGGGAAGAUCUUCAGCGACAGCUCCACCUGCAUCAAACACCAGCGUAUGCACACAGGCGAGCGGCCCUACAAGUGCUCAGCCUGUGGGAAAAGCUUCAGCCAGCACUCCCAUCUCCUCCAGCACCAGCAGGCCCACAGCGGUGUCCGGCCUUACUCUUGUGGUCAGUGUGGCAAACGCUUUGGGCAGAGCUCUGACCUCAUUAACCAUGCUCGUACUCACACCGGUGAGAAGCCUUACAAAUGCAGCCAGUGUGGCCGGGGCUUCAGUGGCAACUCCAACCUCAUCAAGCACACCCGCAUCCACACGGGCGAGCAGCCGUACCACUGCGGCCAGUGCGGAGCAAGCUUUCGUUUCCAGCCCCAGCUGGUGCGCCACCAAAAGCACCAUACAGAGUAGUUGGCCACAUGGACGAUGGGCCAUGGACCUGGUGCUGUUGGAUGCUUCAUGUGGGGUGUGAACUGGGGGCAGGGAGCCCUCAGAGCCUGUGCCAUUCUGGUCUGUGAGCACUGCCUGGGCACUCAGCCUGCACUGAAUGAACUAGUGCAGGUUCACUGCGUGGGGUGGCUGUUCCCAGCCCCAUUUCUGGGGAUGAGGAAAGAAAGGUACUUACCGUAUGGUAUGUCCAAGACCAAGAGGGAGAACACAGAGACGUUCCAAGGAUCAGUGCCUUCUUUUGUUAUUCUUAGAGGGUUGUGAUUAAAAUCUGUUUUCUGUAUAAAUUGCCUGGGUUUUGCCUUUGUUGUAAAGCCAUAGCUUAGCAUGAUUGCUCCCCUCAGAAUCCACAUCUUCCACUUGGCAGUUUUCUUGGGUUUAGGUGGUGUUAGCUAUUUACUUCAAACCCCUGCAACACGGAGUUGAAUGCCUCUGAGUAUAUGUCACAGGCCCAGCCAUCCUCUGUGUGGGCCAUGUCUGUGGAACUGUAUUUCAGCUGGAUUGGAUAGCUGGUAAAUUGGCAGGUUCUCAGAUGAUGAUGCUGUUUGACAGCUUUGUCCUCAGCAGCAAUUAAGUAAAUUAACAUCCUAAUAGGUACUUCUCUCAGAUUCUUGUUUAGGCGCUUUUGUGGGUGGCACUUUAUGAAUGUUUUUAUAAGGCUUUUAAAAGUAUUUAGGAUGACUUUUUUUAAUUGUGAUUUUUAAUUGACAGUUGAUGAAAAGAAAGAGGAUGAUGUUUCAAAAUAAGCUUUGUCAAACCGAUUUUGUAUUCAGUGUUAAAUAUCUUUUCUUGCAUAAAAGUUUUUAACUCUAACACGGCCUUUGAGUUGUUAAUGAUUGCGAAGAAGUGAUGUUGACAUUCAUUUCUAGAAUUCCCAUGAAUUUUUGCAGGUGGUUUUGACAUCUUCUUUAGUAAUGACUGUCUAAGGAAUAUGGGGGAGGCAGAAUUCUGAGAAAGCAGAAUGAACUGACCUCUGAAGAUAUCUUCACUUUGAGGAGGAAAAUACUACUGCUGGGAGUCUGUCCUUACAAGGAAAUUUAGCUCAAACGACUGCUUGGUACGGGGGAGGAGAGAACUGGCAGUAAUAACAAAGAUGUUAAUAUCUCUAGUGCGGAAGAACUCCCUGUAAUGAACGUAGCAAUAUAUACUGAAAUGCCUGUUCCACCCACAGAGCCAAACAGUUGAAGAAAUCAGAGUGUGCUUUAGGCAAGAAAACCAAGUGCUUGAAUCUGUUGUUCUGUAGAAUUUCUAUUUUCAGCAUUGUUUAUCAGCCUAACACUAACAGUGAGCAUCCUCAUGAAGAUUAGCUUCCAAAUAGCAGAUAUCAAUAAGAACCAAAAGAAGGUCCAGUUUGAAAAGCAUGGGAUCUUGGGGAAAGAAGCAAGCUCUGAACAGAAGCAUUGUGAUUGGAAUUACUGGCUGAGUAAUAACCCUAACCUCCAGCUGCUGUCAUGGAGGGCUCAGCUUCAUGCUCCACUGGCAGUAGAGCUGGCUUAAAUUGUUUGCUCUCACUCUGCUCCGCCCCUCACCCAAGAGCCUGAAUUAAUAAAUCUGUACUGGUUACCUGUUCAUGUGACUGUGCCGUCAGUCUCAUCCAUGAAAUGAUCCAUGUUUGUAAAAUGAAAGACAAGAGAGUUCAUUUUAAACUGUACGAGUCCGAUCCAGACCACAGUCUCACAAGCAGUAAUGUGGUACACAUCAGUGACAAGCUUGGUGUAAGAAUAGGCAGGUCAACAAGCAAAUAACACAUCAAGUAUUGCUGUUAGUUCCCAAAGAAGACAUUGUUUAGGAUGUUUGUCUCCUUGUUGCACUUUUUUUUGUUAAUGUUUCUAGAGAACUAGACCUGAAAAACCCUGACACGUUGCCUUUGUUGUUUCUGUGCUCCCCCAGCCACAUCAGGAGGACAUUGCCACAGUACAAUGAAAACUAUAGUUCAUUUUUGGUGUCCUUACUACACAUCCUGUUACCAAAAAUGUUUUGAUGCUAAAUGGAAGUUGUUAUUCUCCCUCAUAAAUUGGCUGAAAACUGCAUGUUGUGUACAUCUGUGUUAGGAGCAAAACAAUGCUGUGAACAGGACUAUUACUUCUACAUGGUAAAUUAAACAUGCCAGGGGCACAGAAACCAAAUAUUAGUAGCCUAUGUGAACUCCUUGGCACAAUCAUCUGCUUCUGUUUGUUUUUCAAAGAGCACACAGAGAACCUACUGAUGGGCAUUAUCUGUUCCCAUUGAGUCUUCAUGUUGAUCGCUCUUUUAGGCAGCUCACAGUGCUCUCUUCUUCACUUGGCCACAUCAGGCCAGGGCAUUUCACACUCUGUUCAAUAGUUAUGAAUGCUAUAGUUCAAAACGCAGAGCAUACAAUUCAGCUUCAUAUUCCUUAUCUUUGAAAGCGAGGGAGGCGUUAAGAAAGCUUCACAAUGCCACAUUUGGGCACCACAGUGUAUGAAGGACAUACAGCCCUUGGUGUAUGAAAAUGGCUGUCCACCAUGGGGUCCCCUUCUCAGCAAGGUCAGCUCUGCAGACCCUCCACCAUCAACACCUUGCCAAAUGAGCCCAGUACACUCAAGCUUGUUCUUGCUGCCAUGAUAAAUGUCCACACUUCAGGACACCGGGUGCAGCUCAGGCCUGGGCAGCCAUGA